AUGGCUGGAUGGCCACCCAAUGUUGGAUUGAAUCUGAUCCCUGCACUUGGAAAUCUCUCGGGGAACCCUCAACAGUUUUCUCAUCAGUUGCAAGGGUUACAAAUGGUUCAAGCCCAAUUGCAACAGCACAGUAAUCAACAGCAAUAUGUACAUGCAAAUGCAGAGGAUAGAAGACACAUCUCUGAUACUUACAAUGAAAGGGACAAAUCAAGGUUUGAUAACUAUGAUAACAGGAGCUUCAGAAAACGCUAUCAUGAUCAGAAUAUUGAUAAAAGAGAAUACCUCAGUGAGGAUUGUGGAAGGAUAGGGGGGCUGAUUGAUCAUGAAAUUCUCCCAGACUUUGUAUUAUCAAAGAGGGAUUUUCUUUUACAGGAUGCAAGUAAUGGAAAAGCUGAGGUCAGUAGAAGAGGUUAUGGUGUUUCAAAACCUAACUUGCAACCAGAGCUCUCUAAGCUUCGAACAGAGGGUCAUGAUCAAUUUCAAUACAGCAGAGGACCAAUUAGACUGAAUCCAAAUGAAAUGAAACAUGGGAGGAGAGAUGAAUUCACUGUUCCUCUGAAUGCAGUGUUACAUCCAAACUGCUACCUGGUACCUCCUGAAGAUGACUUGGAUGUAUUACCACUGAAUGAUAAGGAACCUGGAUGUCGUUCAAUAUUUAUUCGCAGCCUCCCAGGAAUGGCUGACGAGUUUAUCAUUAGAGAGAUUUUUGGUGUGUUUGGAACUAUAGAGAACCUUAGUCUUAAAACUAUGAAGAAUAAUACCAAUGUUAGACAUUGCCAUCUGACAUUCUCACAACUUGGUGAUGUUGAUAUGGCUGUCAAACUAAAUGGUUACUUGUUGGUUAUUGGAGAUGGAAAUGACACCAAAACAAAGGUCAGUCGCAUUCGCAUUAACUACUUCAAAGUAACAAGAGAUGAGAUAGAUGUUAAAACCACCAGCACUGUCACUGAACACCAACAAAAGCCCUAUCAACAUGUUGGGGAAGAUGACCCAUACCUGAUUUAUAGCCAUACAAAAGCUUUCCAGUUAUUGGAUCUGAUACGUCAUGACAAAUCUGUGGUGAAUUCUUUGGAGAUGAUGACUCACUGGUUAGUAAAAGGUGAAUGUAACCGUUCUACAGUCAAUGUUUUCCACACAAUGCUUAGCACUGUCAAUGGUCUUGUCAAACGACUGAUCAACAAGCGAAAAGAGCAUGAGCAACAAGUGGAAAAUCAAAAGAGAGAGGCAGCAGAGAGGACCAAUGAAAUCAAACAGCAAUGUAAGUUGUAGUUUACUCUAUACUUUAGUCUAAGUGUUGAGGUGAUAGUAGUUUGGAGAAGGAGUGUUGUUAGUAGAAGUGACGGACAUUGUCACAACCUUAUUGAUGACCACUGCUAUGGUUGUUGAAACUUCAUUAACUACUAUGAACAACAAUCUCAUUCUCAGGACUACUCUCACCUCGAUGAUCAGACUACUCGAUAAAAUGUUACUCCUGGAUUCAAACUGCUAACCGUAAUGUAAUUUUUAGUUGAUCUUGAGGUCUUAUUGUAAGAGUGAGGGUACGUGGAUUUCAGAAAAAGACUUUGGCACCUGAUAAUUACCGGAGUUUCAACAAAAUAUGCAGAUCUCAUUUUUAAGAGUCAUGUAAGGAGUUUCUUGUCAAGCAAGUGCUGUAAGUCUGGUUUUUAAAAACUGAAUGGUAAGGUUUGCUGUUGUGUAAUUCACUGUGCGAUACAAGUGGCAUGAGUGAGUUGUGGCAGGGCAGUUUUGAAAUUGUUGUGAAACAGUGAAUGGUCUACCCAACAACUUCAACACGUGUAUUUUGUUCAGGUGAUGCUGUAUGGAAAGUCUUUGAUGCAGCAACUAAACAAAAGGCGUGGGACCAGUUUACAAAGGGACAAAGAAAAACUAUCUCUCAGUGGUUUGCUGUUAUCAGAAAUGUAAGUAACAAUUAAAAUUAGUAAUGUCUCUUAUUGAUACAAGGCCAGUGGCAGCUACCACAAAACUAGCAGUUCCAUGUGCAAGUCUCACAUAUGGAAUUGUAUUUAGGAAGUACUUUGCAGGUCAGGCAUUGGGCAACCAUGGUGAAUUUGAACCCAAAGGUAGGUACAUGGCAACUUGCACUGAUCUCAUUGUGUGCCAUUUUCAGGAAAUUAAAUCAGCCCAAGAGGCUGAGAUACAAAAUCGUGAGGAGGUAGGUAUGGAUUUGGAUGAUGAAGCAUCAAACCUUGGUGGGCUUAUUGAACAGCCAGCACUUCAAGUGGCUCAAGAACAGAGGCAAGAAGAGGAUGAAAGUUUGGCACCAGCAGCUGCCAAGAAACUUUGCAGUGAUGCUUCAGGUAAUAGCGCACAGCUCCAUUGCCAAGAUAUUGACUUUGCAAAUUCUAACUUCUUCUCUGGUCAAGUAGGGUUUUCUUGAUCUACAUGCACUUAUCUUACAUCUCAUUUUUACUCUGAAAAAGAGGAGGGAAAUAUAUCAAGAUUGGAUUUGAGAGGUAGGUAAAUGGUUAAGUCGCAAUGUAUUGUUGGUUUCUUCUUUAACAUCAUGUCAAGAUAUGCAUCUCUACCCUGUCUAUGGUAAUUUCUCAAAGGCUUUUUUCUCGACAUGUCAGCCAGUCAAUUCAAACCUUCAAACUUUAUGAAUAAUUAACGAUUCAGUCUGCAUAGUUGAUUAAUAGGAUUCUUAAUUAAUCUCUAUAUAUGACAAAUUCCUCAUUCAAAACAAGUUAAACUGUUAAAUUUGGUGAAAAUGCAGGGGAAUUCUUGUGGUUCAGAUGUUUCAUUAUAUAUUUCCUAUUCACUGUGUUUGUAAGUGUCUCUUGACACUAUAUCAACCCUUUAACUCCUAUAAGUGACCAAGACAGAAUUUCUCCUUACAAUAUCAAUACAAUAUGAUGAGAAUAAAUAAAAAAUCAAUUUGGGAUAAUUAGUUGAUCCAGUACUAAAUUCUCCAAACUAACAUUAUAAGAAUUGUAUGGUUGACAGUAAGGAGAAUUAAAAAUUUGAUCUGGGAGUUAAAGAGCUAGAGCAAAUGUGCCACAGACCUCUUCAUCGUAACCUGAGUCAAUGAGAUGUCUGGGUUUACCUUCCAAGUGAUAGUUUCCACAUUUUCUGUGGACUAAGCCUUUGCCUUUCAAAUUAUUUACCUAUUAUAUCAUUCUGAAAAUUAAUUUGUUACAUGUUGAUAUUCCAUUACAUUAUUGUAGGGCGAAUGACCAAACACAGUUUGUGGCACCCUGAAAAUUAUAGAUUCAAUGCUUUUUUUCUUCAGAUGUGAAAUUUUGUCAACCUUAUAUACAAUUGGCAAUUGUUUACUAAGAAUUUACUGAGCUGCCCCACUAAAGUGGUUGCAUUGCUUGUUAUUGAAACUUACAAAUAUUCUUAAUAUUUAUCUCUCUUCUAAAGAUUUCGUGUCAUUUCCUCAUUCCAAAGUUAAGAGAGAAAAAUGUAAUUUACAUCAUACAAGCGUGAGUGUCAUAUAUUUUUCCUAAAUCCUUAAGUUGAACAUGUGAUUUCCUUCAGGUGUAGAAUCAGGCGCAGAUUCCAUUGACGCUCUAAAGCUAGAAAAUGCGAAACUACGCACUCAGGUUGAAAGCUUGAAGGCGAUUGCCGAGCAGAACACCAACCUAAUGUGGUCCAUGCAGAGCUAUCAGUAUCAAGUGGACAUGACCAGACAACAGUAUGAUAAAAGGUUAAAAGAGAAAGAUUACGAGGUACAGAACUUCAGCUCAAGCGUAUGCUAUUUCUUCCAACUGGCCCAAGACAUUUCUUUGUUGACUGAGAACGUGGUGGUAUAUUCAAACAAUAAUUAUAUCCCCUGGCUGUUGUUUUUUUCUUGCUCUCUUUACCUGUCUGUUUGACAGUGCAUUAAAAUUGUACUUGAUAAAUUAUAUGCUGAACAGUUCUGGAAGGACUGGUUUUGUCUCACGAGAUUUAGGCAAAUUCAACCAUUUGCAAUUAGCAACCGAACUGAGUGGACCAUAUAUUAGGAUGUAAUUUAGUGUUAACAACUGAGUUGAAAACGUAGAUUGGCUACCGUCAAGAGUAAAAAUAUAUAUAUUGGGAUGAACGACUUUUUAAAAUGCGGUAAAAAAACAAAACAAUUAAUCCACUAAAGAAAAGGUUCGUAGUUGUGAGACUGUUAAAUAUUAAAACGGAUUUCAACUUGGAGUUUGGGUUACUGUAUCUGCUAACACUCGAGAGAAAUUCCCUUGAUUUAAGGUGGUGAUUGUGUUAUUGAGGCGGUAAUUUCCUCAUUUGUAUGUAAAGGGAUAUUGUUGAAGAGACUUCCCCCAAGAGUGAGAUGUGACAGAAAUUGGUUUUUAGCUGGACGUAUUAUUCAUUUAACAUACUCUUCACCUUUUAACUUACAGAUCCUGUGCUUACAAAAAGCUUUGGAGCACAUAAAACAGAACAUCAAACAGGGAGAUCUAAUCAGCGGUGAAUUGGUGGGUAUAAAGGCUGUGAAGAGUGCUUUGAUUGUACCCUUUUGCACAUCUACGCCCGUUUUCCUUGAAAUCAGCUCCAUAACAAUUAAGAGAAAAUCUUCACGGGAUAAGAAAUUUUUAGCUUUUGUCCUUGCUGUUCACAACAUCCAUCGCUUGAUUUCUAUCGCUCUGACGAAGGGCUAACGCUCGAAACUUCAGCCUUUUUGCCCUUUACGGUGGCCAAUUUACGUUUUCAACUCAGUCGUUAACACUAAAUUACCUGUUAUACUCCCCCACCGACGUAGCACCACAGUUUCUUUUGAAACUUACCCCCUUUAUUUCUUUAGUUUUACUUUACUUUGCUGUGUGAUUGGUCAAAGUCGUGCCUCCCUCUCAACCAAUCAGAUUCAAAAUGACCGCGACCCGUGACAUGGAAACCUCCAUUUUCCCGCGCUUUAGACAAUAUCUGUGUAUUUACUUUGUGUUCUCGUUGCCUCCUUGCGAUAUUUUUUUGUUCUAAUUUAAUCAUUGCGAUAACUUUGAUUUGGGCUUUAGUUUCAAUUCUCAACCAAAAAGCGCACCUCCACUAAUUGCGUUGUACUCUGCUUUGUUAUGUAGGUAGCUACUGGUGACCCAUUGAAGGACCUAGAAGUUGUUGUGGAGUUGAGUAGUGGUAGUCACGCAGCUAUAAAUGGAGUGGAAACAAACUACUGUGAUACACACGGAGAAGGAAAAAGGGAAAGGAUGGAAGAUGAUAGAACAUCAAAAAUUGACAAGAUUGCAGAAGCAAGUAUUCGAGAUAAAUUGGACGACACAGUGACAGAGGUGGCAACAUUAUCUAAUAAAGGAGUCAAAGAACUGGAUGUUACCGAGGAUAAAGUGGAGGAUAACGUAAAAGAGGGCGAAAUUGUGUGCAUUGGAGAAGCAAAUUUUUCAAAUCAGGGAAACCUGGAAGAAGAAGGGGAAAGGCUAGGGGAGGGAGAGACGCUAGUUGUAGUGAAAGAGGAGCACGUCGAUGGAGAAGUAUUGGUGAACAAAGAAGACUUGCUGAGAGAAAGCGGGAGGGUGGUUGUGAGAGGAGAGACAUCACAUGAAGGAGAGGAGCCAGGGAACGCUUCAGUAGAUGCAGAGAGAAAAGUAGGAGGGCAAAAGGCGAUAGGGGCGAAGAAUGAAACACAGGAAGAGGACGACGAAGAGGAAGGUUCCGGCCGGUUUGUGCAGAUUGAUGAUGAACAGUUCGAAGUGAUUGACGAUAUGGGUGAAGACAGCGACGAUGAUUAUAAAGAGAUAGAUGCACAAGGUUGUUUGAGUGGAAACGAUGAACAAGUAAACGAGCAGUUUGAGGACGAAGAUGCUUGCAAAGAAGUUACUGUUGAUAGCUCUUUGAAUGAGCGAGAAAAGGAAGUUAACGAGCAGGUCCCAACUGAUCUGACAGCUUAUCAGCAGAGUUACAUGUCUUAUUACCAAGCUUGGGCCUCAUCUGGACUUGCGAGUUACAGCCCCGUGUAUUUUGGACCCUCUGUAGUGCGCCUCUCUGGAAAGGAGCUUGUACUCGUUGUAAUCAUUUCUUCGUAUCUUCAGCUGUGCCCCGCUGGUGCCACGAGUGGAGAGAUAAGGGACUACUUGUCGAGACAGUUUCACGCAAAAAUAAAAGUCGUGGUGGAGAGGUUGCUUUCCAGUUUGCCCGUCUUGUUCAAAGCUGGAGAAUCAGGCGGGAACUCAAAAUGGAAGUUUUGUGGAUUUGACUUGGCUCAGUCCAAGACUGAGAAAAACCUUGUUCACUGAAACAUAAGUGACGCGCCCUUAAAAAUCAUUCAUAUGCAAUGCUCCUUAUACCAAAGUUAUUUUUUUCUUUGCUUUUAACGUCAAAUAAUUGUGCAUUCAUAAUUCAUGUUGUGCUAAAUAUCGAAUUGCAGCACGAGAAACACAGCGCUUAGUUUAGUCACAUUUGCUAAGGCUUUGGUACAUUUUCUCCGUUAUAAGAAGUGGAGAGUUUAUUUGAAAGUAAGCAUUCAUUUUUCGCCACCUGCCGGGUUUAUGCGCUCUCUAAGUAACUUCAACCUGCUAUGACGUGAUCUAAUUGUACACUUUAGACAGGUUCAAACUUAAACUGGCCUCGUGUGUAAAAGUGCUUGGAGUCAUUGUUUAUUUAAGGACUUAAUGAACACCGAUUUUCAUUUAAGAGAAUAAAAGCUCGAAUGCAGGGACCGCCUCAGAAAUGCUUCACAUCCAAGAGAAAUUUUGUACUGAAUUGUAAUGUUAUAGAUAGAUUAACUUCC